UUCAUGACGAAAUCCUCACCCCAUCCAUCCAUACCCUAGCCGCCAGUCUUCUCGUCUCUCUCAUCGUCGGUGGUGGUGUCCCCUCCCCUCCUCCCCGCAAGAUCCGGUGUCCCGGCGUGCCAGCGGCCCAGCGCCUCGACCCGUCUGACGGGCGAUGCUCUGGGCGGGCCUCCGUCGGCACGAGUUCCUCUCAGCCGGGCGGCCCUAGCAGCUCACGGCCCCACCAUCUGGCAGGUAGCCGGCGGCGGAGCAGCAGUGCCUUCUCCUUUGACGGGCAACACGCCCACACGGCAACAAGGCCGGUCCUUCGGCACCGCGACCCAUCUCCUCCCUUCGCUCCCCCAGCGCCCGCCGCUCUCCACGCGGUCGAUCCGUGCGCCGCCCUCCACGCUCCCCUGCCCAGCUGCAGCUCGAGUCCGGCUGGUGCGGCAGCACCCUCCUUUUCCACGACUUCUCUGUUCUUUCUCUCGGCCUCGGUCUUCCUUUCCUAGCGGCGACGACAGGGCGUGUUGCGUUGCCCGUUGUUCGUCGAGCGACGGGCGCUUCGCCGGCGACGAACAUCCGACAGGGGACAGUGGGAUUGCUGAUUUGGGAUAAUCAUCUAAUUCUCGCUGGUUGAAUCAAGAUGUCUGGAAAUGAUGAUAAGUCCCAGGCUGCGGCAGAUCGAAUAAAAGCAGCUGCAUUAUCAGCAGCUAAGGGAUUGAGCAGGGCUCAAGCUGAGCGCGCUGCGACUGCAGCAGCCCGCAAUGUCAAUGCCUAUGGGCAGAAGGAAGAGGGGCCAAGCCGCUGGCAGGAGAGGAAGGAAGCUAAGAGACAGAUGUAUCUGAUGAGUACAGAGAAGGCUGCGAUACUGGGUACCGUGAAGACAAAAGCUUCAGAAGCUUCUUCUGGCGGGGCAUAUACCCAAUGUCAGAAGUGUUUCCAGCAUGGUCACUGGACCUAUGAGUGCAAAAAUGAGCGGGUGUACAUGUCACGUCCCUCCAGAACACAGCAGCUUAAGAAUCCCAAGUUGAAGAAAAGUGUACCUGUUUCUUAUCAAUUCGAGAAUCCUGAUCUUAUAAAGGAGAGGGAAGCGGAGAAGAAGUUGAUGGAAGAAAAAAGGAAGAAGGAAAAAUCUGAAAGAAGAAAGGGCAAGAGCAAGAGGAAGCAUCGUUCACCUAGCGAUUCUGGUAGCAAUAGCAGUGAUGCUUCAGUGUUUGACUCUGACUCCGAAUCAUCGGUGACUGGCUCUGAAUAUUCUUCCAGAAGCAGUUCAAGUUACAGCUCCUCGGACUCAGAGGACAAGAAGCAGCAUCACAGGAGGAAGCAAAAGAAGAGAAGGCACCGGAGGGACAGCACAUCAUCAGCUUCAUCUGAAUCUGAAUCUGCAUCAGACAGCGAUUCUGAUGACAAGGGCAGCCGGAGGAAGAGCAAAAGGCGUAGCAGUAGGCGCUGAGUUUGAAGAACUGGAGAAGGCAAUGCAGAUGUCAAAUAUCAUGAUAUAUUUUCGUUUGAUUUACAAGUAUCUUAUCUUUUCAUCACCAUCAGACCUGCAUGUGCUGGGUUCUCCAAGAAACAAAUGUAGCAUUGCUUUCUUGACUGAUGUUUUUCCCUGUACUAAGAAGUGCCUAAAGCUCUAGAUGUUCCUAUGCUAUGGUAUUUGUGAGAACCAUUGAAUCCUGUAACAAUAUUUGCCUAUGAAUUUUUUGAGUUUGGCGUGAUUAUCUUCCACACAGUUUGUUUUUGCUAUCA